AUGGGACCCACUUCCAGCUCGGGCUUCUAUGUGAGCCGCGCAGUGGCCCUGCUGCUGGCCGGGCUGGCAGCCACCCUCCUGCUGGCGCUCGCCGCGCUCGCCGCCCUGUACGGCUACUGCGUGGGCGUCCCGCCGUCGGAGCUGCGUGGCCUCCGGGUCCCGGACGCCGCAUCCUCCACUCCCGGUAGUCAGGAGCCGCCGGCGACCCCGAAACCCGGCUCCGCACGCGAGCCGUCGGUGACGACCACCUCGGGCGACUGGCGACCCCCGGGGCCCUGGGACCAACUGCGCCUGCCGUCCUGGCUUGUGCCGCUGCACUACGAGCUGGAGCUAUGGCCCCGGCUGAGGCCCGACGAGCUCCCCGAGUCGUCAUUGCACUUCACUGGCCGUGUGAACAUCACGGUGCGCUGCACCGCGGCCACCGCGCGAUUGCUGCUGCACAGCCUCUUCCUGGACUGCGAGCGCGCCGAGGUGCGGGGUCCCCUGUCUCCAGGCAGCAGGGACGCCACCGUGGGCCGCGUGCCCGUGGACGACGUGUGGUUCGCGCUGGAUAUGCAGUACCUGGUGCUGGAACUCGGGGAGGCUCUGCAGCCUGGCAGCCGCUAUGAGCUUCAGCUCAGCUUCUCGGGCCUGGUGUAUCAGGACACUAGGGAGGGGCUCUUCCUCAACGUCUACACCGACCAGGGCGAGCGCAGGGCCCUGCUAGCAUCUCAAAUGGAACCAACAUUUGCCAGGAAUGUUUUCCCUUGUUUUGAUGAGCCAGCUCUAAAGGCAACUUUUAAUAUCACAAUUAUUCAUCAUCCAAGUUAUGUGGCCCUUUCCAACAUGCCAAAGCUAGGUCAGACUGAAAAAGAAGAUGUGAAUGGAAGCAAAUGGACUGUUACUACCUUUUACACCACGCCCCACAUGCCAACUUACUUAGCCGCAUUUGCUAUCUGUGACUGUGACCAUGUCAAUAGAACCGAAAGGGGCAAGGAGAUACGCAUCUGGGCCCGGAAAGAUGCUAUUGCAAGUGGAAGUGCAGACUUUGCUUUGAACAUCACAGGUCCCAUCUUCUCUUUUCUGGAGGAUUUAUUUAAUAUCAGUUACCCUCUUCCAAAGACAGAUAUAAUUGCCUUGCCUAUUUUUGACAACCGUGCAAUGGAAAACUGGGGACUGUUGAUGUUUGAUGAAUCAUUAUUGUUGCUGCAACCAAAGGAUCAACUGACAGAAAAAAAGACUUUGAUCUCCUACAUUAUCUCGCACGAAAUUGGACAUCAGUGGUUUGGAAACUUGGUUACCAUGAAUUGGUGGAACAAUAUCUGGCUCAAGGAGGGUUUUGCAUCUUAUUUUGAAUUUGGAGUAAUUAACUACUUCAAUCCUAAACUCCCAAGAAAUGAGGUCUUUUUUUCUAACAUUUUACAUGGUGUCCUCAGUGAAGAUCACGCCCUGGUGUCUAGAGCUGUGUCCAUGAAGGUGGAAAAUUUCGCAGAAACAAGUGAAAUAAAUGAACUCUUUGACUUAUUUACUUACAAUAAGGGAGCGUCUAUGGCCCGGAUGCUUUCCAGUUUCUUGAAUGAGCAUUUAUUUAUCAGCGCACUCAAGUCAUAUUUGAAGACAUUUUCCUACUCAAAUGCUGAGCAAGAUGAUCUGUGGAGGCAUUUUCAAAUGGCCAUCGAUGACCAGAGUAAAAUUCUUUUGCCAGCAACAGUAAAAAGCAUAAUGGACAGUUGGACACACCAGAGUGGUUUUCCAGUCAUCACUUUAAAUGUUUCCACUGGUGUCAUGAAGCAGGAGCCAUUUUAUAUUGGAAAGUUUAAAAAUCAGACUCUUCUUACCCACAAUGACACAUGGAUUGUCCCUAUUCUUUGGAUAAAGAAUGGAGCUACACAGUCCUUAGUCUGGCUAGAUAAAAACAGCAAAGUAUUUCCUGAAAUGCAAGUUUCAGAUUCUGACCAUGACUGGGUGAUUUUGAAUUUAAAUGUGACUGGAUAUUAUAGAGUUAAUUAUGAUGAAUUAGGUUGGAAGAAAUUAAAUCAACAGCUUGAAAAGGAUCAUAAGGCUAUUCCUGUUAUUCACAGACUACAGUUGAUUGAUGAUGCAUUUUCCUUGUCUAAGUGA